AGAUGAGCCUGAGCGCUGUUCAGGGAAAGCAGACGCGUGCAGCCACCUGGGGCACCGACUCCUAGAGACCCUCACGCCAUUCCCUUGGGCCACCCAGGCAAAGCUCUCCGUGGUCGUUGCCUGGGCACCCAGCUGACCAUGUCUGGAAAACAGCGGUGUCCACCACUCGAACUGCUCUGUCCUGAAGCUGUGUGAUCCGGCAGGACGAAAGCAGGUAGUAACCCACGACACCUCGGGGAAGCUCACAAAGACGCAGCAAGCCACUGCCCCCUGCCCCUCCGCGGGCGCGCAAAGCAACCUUCGCUGGAGGACAGACAGGCGCAGGGGUGACCCUAGCAGCCAGGCUGGGUCUCCGGCAGGGGCCGCUGCAGCCGGGCAGGUGGCCGGCCCGCCCCGCGGCCCCCGCGGCCCGCCCCCCGCGCCAGGGCCGCCGCUGCCGUCACCGUCCCCGCCUCCGGCAGCCCGUCUCAGGAGUGAGUGCUACAAAGAAAACCUGAUGCAACCUCACCAGAUUGUCCCCUGCCGAUUACUCUCCUGGCUGUACAGUGGACUGAAGUCUCCAGCCUCCACCCGAACCCGGAUCUGCCCGACGAUGGCUCGACCAAGUUCAAGUAUGGCUGAUUUUCGGAAAUUCUUUGCAAAAGCAAAGCACAUAGUCGUCAUCUCGGGGGCUGGCGUUAGUGCUGAAAGUGGGGUUCCGACCUUCAGAGGAGCUGGGGGCUACUGGAGAACGUGGCAGGCACAGGACCUGGCCACCCCUCAGGCGUUUGCGCGAAACCCAUCUCUGGUGUGGGAGUUCUAUCACUACCGGCGGGAGGUGAUGCUGAGCAAGGAGCCGAACCCCGGGCACCUCGCCAUCGUAGAGUGUGAGGCCCGGCUGCGCAGGCAGGGCCGACGGCUCGCCGUCAUCACUCAGAACAUCGACGAGCUGCACCGCAAGGCUGGCACCAAGAACCUUCUGGAAAUCCAUGGUAGCUUAUUUAAAACUCGAUGUACCUCUUGCGGAGCUGUGGCUGAGAAUUACAAGAGUCCCAUUUGUCCAGCUCUCUCGGGAAAAGGGGCUCCCGAACCUGAAGCUCAGGAUGCCAGAAUCCCAGUGGAGAAGCUUCCCCGGUGUGAAGAGACAGGGUGCCAGGGCCUGCUGCGACCCCAUGUGGUGUGGUUUGGAGAAAACCUGGAUCCUGCCAUUCUGGAGGAGGUUGACCGAGAGCUGACCCUCUGUGACUUAUGUCUAGUGGUGGGAACUUCGUCCGUGGUCUAUCCUGCCGCCAUGUUCGCCCCACAGGUGUCUGCCCGCGGAGUGCCAGUGGCCGAAUUCAACAUGGAAACCACCCCAGCCACCAACAAAUUCAGGAAAAGAAAUAUAGAAGAUGAGAAUAUGUGGAAGGCCAUUCACGUUCACAUUCAUGGACCAGACGAAUUAAUAUUGUUAACAUGGCAGUGUUCUCUACCUCGAUUUACGGAUACAGCUCGUCUCUCUCAAGAUCGCAGCUGGCUUCUUUGCUAAAACGGGCAAGGUGAUCCUAAAAUCCAUACGGAAAUGCAAGGGACCCAGAACAGCCAAAACAAAAAGAACUGAAAAACUCACACUUUGCAAGUUCAUCAGUUAACUUACCAUGAAGUUACAGUUACGCAGACUGCAUGGUGCUGGCAUGGAGACGGACGCGUGGGCCAGCGGAGCAGAAUUGAGAGUCCAGAAAUACACCCUCAGGGUAUGGCCGACCGAUUUUUUGGAAAGGGUAUGAAGACAAUUCAGGGAAAGAACAGUCUUUUUAACAAACGGUGCUGGAGCAGCUGGACAGCUCCCUGCGAGAGAAGGCCUGGGACUCUUUCCCCACAUCACCUACAGCGAUCAGCCCAGGUGCAUCAGAGGCCUACACAUAAGAGCUAAAAGUAU